AUGUCCAAGAGUGGGAGCGGAGGUGGAGGGUCGACCGCGUCCUCGCUAUCAGCUGAUGUGUUUGGCGCGUCAGGCGCGGCGACUUGCAAGCUGGGGGUGCGGCAGAAGUGCUUGACGCGGCUCGUGUGCCAAGACGCGCUGGACGUGGGAGGAUGCUCGUGCCUUCGCGAGGCUGGGUCGCCGUCGUGCACGAUUACCCGCAAGUGCAUGGUGCCGGCAGCAUGCCCCGUGGAAGCGCUCUGCACAUCUCCCGCUUACGGAUCGCCCCCGACCUGCUCUUGUCCAGCGGGCUUUGCGCCGCUCAAGGCAGCAGUAGAGGACACUUCGUUCGACUUCUGCGCUCGCACCCGCUGCAGCAGCUCCCUCGCGUUCAUUGGAUUUGACUGUGGGCCGCCAAGCUCUGUGGUUUGA